UGCUUGGUGCUGGGCUGUCAGUUUGUGUUUCACAGCGCGACAAGGCAAAACGGUUUCCUCUCGAAUAAACGAAUAUUUGGGAAAUAGCUGUGAGUGAAUCUUGUGUAAAGUAUCUCGAGUCAAAUCCAUUCAAAAGUUAUCUGCGAAAAAUACUUUUCUGGGCAGCCAAAAUUCUAUUUGAAAGUGAAUAGCAGUCGUGUCGCGGCAUGAGGACUCUGGAAGUGCUCACGUUGCUUUUGGCGGCUGCCAUAGGCCAGGGCUACGGCAGUUUUCAGCGGUCCAGUUUUAUAUCCAGCCCGUCAUUAUCCUACGGCGAUGGAAAGUCCCCACAGUUGGUACCACAGCUUAAUCCUUGGGCCUCUGCGCACUUUAACGAAGUGCGAGAGCUGGCUAACCAUCUAAAGCAGAAAUUCAACGUUCUUUCCCAGGGAUCAACUAACUUUGGCUUCACAUCAUCGUGGAGUGCUUCUAUUUUAGAAUUGACCGGAAGGAGCCCCGCCCAACUGGACGUCCUGAGUUCAGAAAUCAGUCAGCAGCUGGUGGCGGACAUGCGUGAAGGCAUUACUAUCUAUAGUACCAUAGCGCAGCCCAACUUCUUUGAAGCGAAGGCCGCAGAGCUGCUUGAACGUUACGCUGGAGGCGAAAGCGCUAGCCUGCAACAGACAGUGGGCCUUGGUCCUUUUCAACCCGUGGACUUAAGUGGAUUCGACGAGGUGAAAAACUUCGCAUAUCCCGCCGAGGUGAAGGUUAUCGGCGGCAAGACCUACGUGGUGCACCGUAACUGCACGGAGGCCACGAGGUUGUCGGGAUACGGAAGCUCGGCCCAACUAAACCAGGAGAUCCUCCGACCUGACCAGACAUCGCUUCCCCUUAGCAGCACUACAACCACGAUUACGCGAAAGAAGACCAUCCAAAACUGGGUAAGGGAGAACAUGGAGCCAAGCGUGGUCGGAUAUAACUCGGUGGUUAACGUGGACGGUAAGUUGGAGAACAACGCCUUUAACCAGAUGGCUUCUGCGUCGCCAGGGGCCAGCUCGACCGUGGAAAUACACAACUUUAACAAAACUAUUACAAUGAAUCUGGACGGAACUAGUUCCAUAGGUGGUUCCGAGUCGCAGCAGCGCUGGCAGGACGGCAAAUUAGUGUUCGAUAAGCAACAGCCCUUUGGUCAUUUAAAAAUUCCGCGAGACGAGGAGUGGAAGCGUGAGGAGCGUGAGAGGCUAUUUUGGUAUCUGACCACGCCGCAAGGACUUGACGACUGGCAACAGCAACAAGAGGAACGCCUUCUGGGCGUUGCUCAGCGCUAUCAGAUAAGUUUGCCCAUGCUAAAGGAUUUCCACCGCCAUGAACUGGAACGCUACCAGGCUCUUCAGGUGCAAUACCAGCCGCAGGUUCAAGACAAAAGCGUAUGGCAGAGGCAGGAGCGCAGUCGUUUAGACUGGUUGAUUCACCAAAACGGCUUUACGACACAGGAUAUAAACCGCUGGCAGAAUGAGAACGAACGCAAGCUUGCCCAGACGGCACAACAGCACGGCAUCAGUCAAAACCAAUUACUGCAGUGGCAGCGCGAGGAGCUGCAACGCUUUUACGUCUACCUGAACCAGGUGAAUGAAUCGCUAUUGCCGCAGGUGCCAUCAGUGACGCAGACCACCUUCCCCACCUCCAGUUCCCUAUCCGAAGAAAACACUAUGGAGCAACAGCGCCUGGUAGAACUAAUUCGACAGCACAACGCCACGAUCGCCGCUCUCCAAAACUCCAUCAAAACCGACCAACAGCGACUGAAGAACCUUUCAAUCAAGUAUCAGGGUGAUAUGCAAAGCCAGACGCAGUGGCUCCGCGGUGAGGUGGCCCGAAUUGGAGGACUUAUUAAGGAUCAAAAUGAACAGGUUACCAAGAUCACUGCUUGGCAGAGCUCGGAACGAAACCGCCUGGAAAACAUUCUUCAGCAACACCGCGGCUCUGUGGGGGAAAUGCAGCAACGGAUGAACCGAGAUCAAAACUAUCUGCAGAAUUUGGCAACGAAGUAUCAAGUGACCGUUGAGGAGCUGGAGAAGUGGCAGUACGAAGAACUGCAGCGCCUUCAAGUGCGAGGACAGCAGCAACUUGAAGAUCACAUCAAGGACUGGCAGGCCAGCGUAAGCACGAACCUGCGCGAUAUCGUGGGUCAAAACCAACUGACCAUUGAGGAGUUCCAGAACUCCAUCAUCAACGACCGCAGUCAUCUAGAGGAAAUGGGGCGCAUCUAUAAGGUCAGGGUGGAGGAGAUCGAACAGUGGAUCAAAAGCGAGCUGAAAAAGUUGCAGUCAGAAGGUUUGCUAAAGGAGGUGGAGCGAGAGUUGAAGAGUUGGCAGCAAAAAGAACGGGAGCGUCUUCAGGCCAUUGUGCAACACAAUUCGUUGACCGUGGAUGAGUUGGAGACUAAGAUCAAGAACGAUCAGGAUCACUUCUUUAAGCUGGCCGACAAGUACAAGAUCAGCGUCGAGGACAUUCAGGACUGGCUAAAGAAAGAGCUCUUGCGUUUGCAGAGUGAGGGACUGGUCAAAGCGGAAACUCUGAAAGACUGGCAGCAGAAUGAGCGCGCCCAGAUCUCGUUGCUGGUUCAGCAGAAUAAAUACUCGCUUGACGAGUUUGAGCGCAAGAUGUUAACUGAUCGAACCCGGUUGCAAGAACUCUCCAACACCUAUAAUGUAAAGGUAUCUGAGAUAGAGCAAUGGAUCAAGUCGGAGGGCGAUCGACUCCAACACGAGGGACAGCUGAGGAUGGAGUCACAGCUGAACAACUGGCAGAAGAUCGAGCGCCAGCGCCUUUUAGACCUUAUCAAUAAGAAUAAUCUGUCCAUCGAAGAGAUUGAGUUAAAGAUUGGAAAGGACCAGACUCACCUCUAUAGCUUGGCCCAACAGCACCAGGUGCACGUAGAGGAGAUCGAGCGGUGGAUUAAGCAGCAGAUCCAAAAGUUGCAGGACCAAGGACUGAUUGAGAUGCAGAAGUUGAAGAACUGGCAGCUGGAGUGGCGCGGCAAUCUCACCAACAUGGUGCAGGACCGCGACUUCACCGUCGAAGAGUUCCACAAGUGGCUUCUUAAGGAUCGCUCCCAGUUACAGAGCCUGGCCAUGCAGCACAACGUGCAGAUCGAGGAAAUUGAACAAUUUGUUAAGAAGGAGGAGCAGCGCUUCAUCGGAAUGGGUCUGUUAAAGCCAAGUGAGAAGCUGACCAAUUGGCAGGAGGUAGAGCGGCUGCACCUAAAGAACCUGGCUCAGCAGCAGUACAAGUCCACUGAGCAACUGGAGGCCCGCCUAAAGCAGGAUCGUGAACUCCUUGAGGGCCUAGCCCGCCAGUACAGCGUCCAGGUAGAGGAGAUCGAGAACUGGAUGAAGCAGGAGCUGGCACGAAUGCGUGAUGAGGGUCAACUUCAGAUAGACAACCUUACCUCUUGGCAGCUAGCGGAGCGCGAGCGUCUAGAAACCCUCAUUAAGCAGAACAAACAAUGGAGCGCCGAGGAGCUCAGAGCUGAGCUGGAGAAGGAUCGUGAACACAUGCAGACAAUGGCAUUCCAGUACCACACCUCAGUCGAGGAGAUCGAGAAGUGGCUUCAUACUGAAAUCGAGCGACUGAAGCAGCAGGGAAAACUCAACAUUGAGCAACUGACUGCCUGGCAGCGUACUGAGCAGCAGCGAAUCCUCUCGCUACUCCACCAACACUCCAACAUAACAUUGGAGCAGUUCCAAGCUAAGGUAAACAACGAUCGCCGUUUUCUAAUAAAGCUCGCUGACCAACACCACGUGCAUAUUGUAGAAGUAGAGAAUUAUGUGAAGCAGGUGAUCGAAGACUUACGCAAAAACGGUCAGUUUGAAAUCGAGCAACUGCAAACAUGGCAGAGAGUUGAGCGCGACUACAUUAAGGGCUUAAUUGCUGAACACAAAAACGCGUUGACUACAGCGGAGUACGAGGAAAAACUUCUGGCAGAUCGCGCUCAUCUAAAGCACCUAGCCGAUCAGUACCGCCUGAACGUGGAACAGAUCGAGGAGUGGAUGAUUGCCGAAUUAAAACGCUUGAGGGGCACUACAGAAGAAUCCCUGAAGAGCCUUAGCGCCUGGCAGGUGUCCGAGCUGGAGCGCCUGCAGAAUCUGGUUAAAGAGCAGAACCACCUGACUUUUGUGGAGUUCGAGAUGGAGCUAAACCAGGAGCGUGAGCGGCUGCAAAAACUGGCUAACCAGUAUUCAGUCAACGUUGUUGAUAUCGAGCGGUGGCUUCGACAUCAGCUGAUCAACCUCCGCACCACGGGUCAGGCAAAGGUGGAGAAUUUAAGCAAGUGGCAGGUAGAUGAGCAGCAGCGUCUAAUAGAACUGUUGCUAAAGAAGCAGCAAGAAAUGCCAUACGAGCAGGUGGAGCGGGAGCUGACCCAGGAUCACGCCCGGCUGCAAAGCCUCUCUCAUACGCACCACGUUGGCAUCAACCAGGUCGACCAAUGGAUGCGGGAGGAACUGCGGCGCUUACAAAGCUCCGGCCUCGUUCAGUUCGAACAGCAGACCCAGUGGCAGCAGAAAAUCAGCAAUGGAUUCAACGACUGGCUGCAGCAGCAGCGCAACGGCGCUAGCUACCAGGAGUUUGUUGAUUUCCUCAAGCGAGACAAGCAGCGCCUGAACGGCAUCGCCUCCGACUAUCAUGUGACUAUCGAACAGGUGGAGAUGUGGGUUCAAAGGGAAGCCGCUCGACUUUCGAUCAUCGGAGUAAUCGAUCGUCCGCAGGACAACGUCAAAUACGAGGAUAUCAGCAAUAUAUGGGUUGGCGACCGGUCUGCCUCCUGGAAAAACGAACUACUGGUCCGUCUUCGAAGCGUUACCCUCCAGCGACCCUUCUCUCGGCAAGAGUUUGAGAGCUACUUGAUCCGAAACAAACCAAUAUUUGAGCAGAUCGCACGUCAGUACCACGUGACUAUCGAAGAUAUUCACUUUUGGCUGCAAAAUAGCGCCAGUAAUGAGGGCCUUGUCACUUCUCCGUGGCAAGAUAAGGAACGGUUACACAUCGAAAAUCUGAUCAACCAGCAACAGCGCAAGCAGCAGAGGUGGACCAUCGAGGAGCUGGAACUCCUUCUGGAAAACGAUCAGAAGCACGUGCAGGACGCCGUUGCCCAGUAUCAUGUGACUGUGGAGGAGCUGAAGGCGUGGUACAAGAACGAGCUUAAUAGACAGUUACAGCAGCGCAGAAUCGACCGCGGUCCAGGCCUCUCGUGGCAGGCUGUUGAAUUAAAACGGAUCUACUCGACCGUCAAAAAUACGGGAAAGAGUCGUCAGCUUCUAGAAAAUCUACUAUUGCGUGAUGUCCACCUCUUAGCCCCUCAGUACCAAGUCAAUAUCGAAGAGCUGCAACUAUUCAUUCAGGAUAAGCUGCGUCGUUUCUCGAACUUGGGUUUAAUUGAGGACAACGAACAGCAGGCCACCAACUGGCACGAUCAGGAGAGAACCCGCCUGCGAAAAGUGGCAGCUAGCGUUGUAAUAACAGAGCAGGAGCUCCUCGAGUUUAUCUCACAUGACACGAGCUUUCAGAAGCAAAUGGCCCAGCUCUAUCAAGUGGGUCUGGAUCAGUUGGCGCCAGUGCAACGCAUCUUUAUCAGAAAAAUGUCGCUCGAGCAGGUGCUGGAGCAGCGCCGCCUAAAUCAUCUAAGCUCUUGGCAGCAGCGGGAGCGAGACCGCCUUUACGAAUUCAUCGGCAACCAAAACAUGACGCAGGCAGAGCUAAUAAGCUGGCAGACCCAGGACUCCCGCUUACUGCAAGACUUCUCACAGAGAUACAAAAUCUCGGAGCAGCAGCUCAAGGACUGGCAAAAGCAGGAGCUAGGGCGCAUCAACCAGUUGGCUCGAUACUACGGCAUGUCUAAUAGCGACCUGCAACAAUUUCGAGAGGGCGAACUGCUCCAUCUGGCCUCCGAGAACCAUCGCAUUCUAAUGUCUACCGCCGAUAUUCAAAAUUGGGAGAAACGGCACCAGUGGUCCCUAAGCCGUUUACAGAAUCGAUACGGUAAACUCGGAGAAGAGUUGGUCACCUGGCGCAGAACCCUUUUCCUACUUAGUCAGGGACUUAUUGACCUUCCGUCGGACAACGGCGGUGGGUACGUGAUAGAUUUAGGAAGCACCAACGCCACUGCUGUCUACAAACCAAUAUUCUCCAAAGACCGCGGUGACCAGCCGCCGCACACUUACGAGGAGACCUUUGUUGAGGGUGACGAACCGGGUCUGGAGGUCGAGAUGACCCGUUCUCGACCUUUACAUGCCUCCCCCAAUGUGAGCACGCCGGUUCCCUACAACAAGGGUGGGCCAGUUGGGGGGUACGAGUACCAGCGUCAGGACUACACUUUCCACGUGCCAGUAGAGACAGCCUCGUCCUCGGCCUCCGCUAGCGGAGGAGCCACCGGAGCCCCAGCCAGUGCCUCCGUAACCAUAGGGAAGUGGAAUCGGUCUGCUGGAGAUGAACCGUUACAACAUGUAGAGGAUCUCGGCCAACAGCAGCAGGUGGAGGAGGUGGAAUGGGUGGAAAAACUGGACGAUCUUGGGCAGCAGAAGCAGGUUGAGGAGCCUUACUGGAACCAGCAGUUGGAGGAUCUGGGGCAGCACCAAGCUGCGAUCGAAGAUCAAUAUUUACCCAAAAGCAAAAACGUGCUCCCGCAACAACAGUCAAAACAGGUUCAGGUAGAAACAACCGCAGAGCCCUCCUUUUGGGAAAAGCUAAAAGGAAAACUUGGCUAAAAAUAAAACUAAACAAGAGCCAUUUAAGGACGGAUUUUGGACAGUUCAACUUAUAGUUACUAAACAAAUUUUUCUACAAAAUGUUUCCAUAAUAAAUAAGCAUUAAAUAAAUGAUAAAAGGGUUGAAUGGUCACAUGUACCGCAACUAAUACUAAAAAAAAUAAGUACUAGAAAACUGCUCUAUAUCAAACAUACUUUUGCUAAUUUUAAAAUUUUAUUGGUUUAAUAAAAUUAAAGUUCUGGAGCUUCA